AUGCACCAAGCGAUGCCAGUGGGUGCUUUGAAAUCGGUGAGAGUUGCUCGGCUCUCAUUUAGGGAGAAAAAAUGUGUACUACAAAAGCUUCGUCCAGCGCAGCGCUACUCCGAAUUUUAUGGCCGUAAAGGCGAGGUGGAUUUGGAUGAUCCGUUGCUUUAUCACCGCUUAAUUGAGGCAGAAAAGUUCGCCUAUGCACAGCGCGCAAAACUUGGUGAUCCCGCGUAUGUCCCAGAAGCUUUGCAACUUGCUCAAAAUAUGACCAGAAGCUCGUACUCUAAACUGAUUAUGUCACUUAUUAAAGAAACAUCGCAACCGCUGGAAGCAUAUACUGACACUUUGUUGCAUUUGCCAGAUGACCAUGGAACAUCACACGUUUCGGCCAUCGACAAGGAUUCCAAUGCUGUCGCAUGCACUAGCACCAUUAAUCAAAUAUUUGGCUCGAUGAGGAUUUCUCCGACUUUAGGAAUUGUUUGGAAUGAUGAAAUGGACGAUUUCUCAAUUCCCGGAACGAGUAAUGCGUUUGGCAUUGCACCAUCGCCAGCCAAUUACAUCGAGCCUGGUAAAAGGCCGAUGAGCACUACAGCACAAGCGGUCAUCCGUAUGCUCUUGUUCAACCAGACCGUCAAAGAAGCUAUUGAUGCUCCUCGUUUGCACAACCAGUUUCUGCCUCCCGUAACACUGUACGAAUCUUCAUUUCCUGAGGAAAUUAUCGCAAACCUGACGAAUGCACGAGAGCAGAACAUGACUUCAACAGAAAAAUUGAAAUGUGUAGUGCAGGCGCUGCUGGUGGGCGAUGACGACUACAUUUACGGCAAUAGUGAUUUUCGGCGACAGACAUCGACAUAUCCUUCUGGAUUCUAA